CUUUCCUGUACUCCCCUGGUGUAGGUGGAAUUCUGAGUAUAUAUUAUCCUGGCUCUCAUGUGAGCCUGGCAUUACUUAUGGAAAUCCUUGUAUCCAUGUAUGGCGUUAUGUGAAUCUUAAGAAGAUACAAAGCUGGGGUGUGAUUUAUAAAAUAUAUAUAUAUAUAUAUAUAUAUAUAUCUCUAUCUAUCAUGCCCAGUAGGGUUUCCAUAACAUCUCUUAAAAAAGAAUAUAUUAAGAUAAUGAGCACUUGUCCGAACUAAAGUUUACAGCACCUUCUAGGUCAGAGUGGCCGAAAUCCACUGUCCAGCAUUUAGCCAAAAAUGACCAGAUUUUAUAAUAUGAGAGCAGUAUUGCUUUUUGCUAAACAGAUUUUAGGAAGAUAUUUGUGAAUGACAUUUGCAAUUUGUUUUAAAACUAAAAGAUAAACUUUAAAAAAAGUUUAUCAUCUACAAUGUAUAAUGUGUCCUAUAAUAUGCCAAAGGCCCUGUGCUAAUGUCACGUUGUGUAAUCUGCACGAAACCAUGAAUUACAUAUCACACACCAGUACAGAAAAAUAGAAUAUUUAAAAACUCGAAAGGAAAGAACAGUGUACGACAACCAUAGCUAGCCUGGUAAAACAGCAGAGGGGAUGGAUCCUUCUGCUUUGGUUAUUGUGGCCUGCAUAAUAAUUUAUUUUCAUAGUGUUCAACUCUUUAACCUCUGAGUGGCAAAACUAUAUUGUAAUUUAAGUAUAUAUUUCUCAGAAUGGAUCAGACUCAGCGACUGAUAUCGGAUGAUGAUGAGGAAGAUGUCAGCUUGGACAGGGAGAAACCUGUGGCCAACUUGCACAUGUUCCAGGGAACAUAUGGACCGGCACAAGGUGAGUGUGACCGCUAUACUCAUUCCUACCGAGUCCCAUCACCAUGGUAUAUAUGGAGACAAAUAGUAUAUUCAUAUAAACACACAGCGAUAUUAUUUUUAUAUUUUCUCCAUUUUGCUGCAACUCGCUUGAUUUUGUAAGCAUGUAUUUCAAUUUCCAUAAUUUAAACAAUACUGCUCCACUUUUUGUUUCUUUUCCGUUGAUCCAAAUAAUCACAAAUUGUUGUAGCAGCAGUAUGCAGGUAUCAUGCCACAAUAAAUUCCAAAUAAUCUACUUUUGUUGCUAUUAUUUACACAAAAUAAACGCCAAAUUGAGUAUUCGUUUUAUAAAAGUUGUAGCAUAUAAACCAUGAUGCUCUCUUUGCAAUAUGUGAACGUAAACUAGAUCAAAAAAAUGGAUGAUCUUCCUAAACACUUCUAAAAUGUACUCCAUAAAAUAAGAGCAAUAAAUUAGUUAAAAUAUGAGGCGUGCAAAUUCAUAUUGGAGUAUAUUUUAUUAUCUUCUGCAUUAACUUUGUUUAAGGUUGCAGGCAAAAAAAUAUUAUAUAUAUUUUUUGUUUUAUAUUUAUUUAAGAAAAAUCCACUGUUAAUUAAGUAGUAAUCUUUACAAUAUCUAAGGGGAUAAUUAAUCAGGUAUAUAAAAAAGUGCUUUUUUGGUGCAUAAUGCUAAAUGUUGAGACAGUCUAUUUCUACUUUAGCUCUUUGCCCCAGAAUAACCCCUGUUUUUGCCUUGAUAAAUCUCUUCCUUACUUUGAAAAGAACAAUGUGUGACGUGAGAACAUAGCUGUAAUGCCCUCAGUUCUCUUUUCAUAAAUACUUGGCAGCACUUAAAACACCUUCACUUAAAGGGUUAAGACACGUUUCUCUAGCCUGCUGCAGUAGUAAACAUCCUUGACUCUCCUGUAACAGCUUGAUAUGAGGAAUAUGUCCUGUUUUGCAUGGUUGCUAUUGUACAUUAAUUAAUGAUUAACCUACCUGUGCUAUCAGUGUGUGAUAACCAAGCAGCUGCUGCGUGGGCCAUAAAGACUGCAGAUCGACAUGAUGUCAUUUUUAGUUAUUUAAGUUACCUCCAGUCUUGUGGACCCGACGUAAGUAGUCUUGUAGCAGGACCCAGCUACAGGACAAAGCUCCUUCCAUCAUUGAUUAGAAUCUUAGAUGGUUACAUUGUGAACCCUGAAGGUUAGCAGUGACCCGUAGGUAGCCCCCCCAGCUGUUGUGGAACAAUAACUCCUAGAUGUUUUGCCAACCUUAACUUCUACAUCAGCUGUAGUGGGCUAUUUGUUGGCAAUUCCUCAUGUGGGUAUAUUAAACAAGAGGACUUGAAAAGUGAUGUAUCUUUGUAGGAACCAAAAAAGAAGGGUACCUGGGAUUGAAACCUAGCAUGAACAAGAGAACAGGAACAUGAAUACGGGGAUCCUAGACAAGAUCCACAAGAAGUUUGUCCUCACUGCCAUAAAUAGCACAUCGUUUCUUGUAUGUUUCCUGCCAGAGGAAGGGAACGAUGCAUAUUAAAUACAAAGACCAUACAGCAGAAGCUUUGAGCUAGGCAGGGGGGGGGAGAUCAGGACGUGGCCUGCUAGGCGGGGAGGACCAGGGCGGGCCUGCUAGGGGGAGUUCAGGACGGCCUGCUAGGGCGGGGAGUUCAGGGCUGCAGACGUGGCCUGCUGGGCGGGGGGACGUGGCCUGCUAGGGGGAGUUCAGGGCGUGGCCUGCUAGGCGGGGAGUUCAGGACGCCGCUAGGCCCAGGCCGGGCGGGGAGUGUCAGGACGGCUGCUAGGGCGGGGAGUUCAGGGCGUGGCCUGCUAGGGGGAGUUCAGGACGUGCUAGGGCCCGUGGCCUGCUAGGCGGAGUUCAGACACGGGGCGUGGCCUGCCAGGGCGGGAGCUCAGGGGGCCUGCUAGGGGGGGAGUUCAGGGCGGCCUGCUAGGCUGGGAGCUCAGGGCGGCCUGCUGGGAGCUCAGGGAUGUGGCCUGCCAGGCAGGGGGUAGUUCAGGAUGUGGCCUGCUAGGCGGGGAGUUCAGGACGGGCCUGCUAGGGGGGGGCUCAGGACGUAGCCUGCUAGGCGGGGGGGAGCUCUGACUCUGCCAAUGUAACAUUAGUAGGUAAAUCUGUCAAAACCUUCUACAGAGGAUUUCAGUGUGACUGCGAAUAGACUGGGGGAAAAAAAACAAAAAAAGAGAGAACCAGGAAUAGGAACAAGAAACCAAAUGGGAGGGCAGUAGUACGUAGCGUAACACCUGUUAUGUGUUAUUCUGUUCUUACUGAUCUUAUCAUCCAACGUCUUUCUCUAUCUCUAGUCCUCUGUUUGUGAUUCUCGUGAUCCAGCUCUUUGUAUCAGUCUGUGGUUUAUCUACACAGCAUUCUUUGUUUCUCUCUGACUUUUUUUCAAAUAAUUAUUUGCAUCUCCCUUUUAUCAGACCUCCUCCACAUUUUUCCUCGGUGGCAUGUCGGUAAUCUUGAUGACCGCUGCACGUUCUUUGCUUCUCCAGCUCUUUUUAUCCAGUGGGCUGAUACCAGUGGUAGUCUCUGAAAUGUACACUGAUUAAUCCUGUGUUUCUCAUUUAAGGAAAAAAAUCUUCUAUGAUUUGAUUGUAAUAUAAUUCAGCUCACUCGCAACUUUAACCCCUUAAGGACCAAACUUCUGGAAUAAAAGGGAAUCAUGACAUGUCACACAUGUCAUGUGUCCUUAAGGGGUUAAAGGCACUCCAUUCUUUGACCACCUUAUGUUAUCAGAGACGCACUUCUUCCUACAUUGAUAAUGUUAUUUUAUGCAAUCUUAACUUUUUGUUUAAUGCAUUCCAGUUUUACAUCUUUUGUGUGUGUGUAUAUAUUUUUUUUUAUUUCCAGACUAUGCCAUUUACCCCGGGCAGAAUAUUAUUGGUCGCCACGCCAGUUGUGAUAUAACCCUCCCUGCGCAGUCUGUAUCCAAGAAACAUGCAAUUUUAGAGGUCCAGGCAGAUUGUCACACCAUCUGUGACUGUGGUAGUAUGAAUAAAACUCGUCGAGGGAAGGCUCCCCUCUCUCCUAAUGUACGCUAUGCCUUAUCCCACGGUGACUUUGUGCUCUUUGCGGACGUGGCUUGCCGGUAUAGCAUAAACAAAGAAUUAGAGAAGAUACAGAAAGCUGAACAGCAAGCGGUACUUGAUGAAACUGAAGACGAUUCUCUUUUGGUGCCCGGAACACAGGCUACCCUGGUAAUUGAAAAGACCCCAGGAGUGGCUAUACGCAGGAUGGGGCGAGGGGCAAUAUUGGCAAGAGAUUCUGGGGAUGAAGAGGAGAAUGAAGAGGAGAACAGGAGAGGGCUAAGUGAAGAAAGGAAAGGUAGGACAAACCGUUUUUACUGUGGGAUGGGAUUGGUGGGGGUGUCGUGGGGCUGGUAUGGUAAUUGUGUCGGUUCUGAUUCUGAAAUGCCUUAUAUUUUGAUUCUAAUGGUCUAUAGAUGGCUCACAUUCGGCUAACAGUUCCCAUCUUUUUAGUUAUGGUUUUAUCAAUACAGUAAACUACUUUUAUAGAGUAAACUAAAUUAAAUCACUUCUACUUUAAGGUGAGAUGGAAAAAGUUAACUUUUUCAGAUAGAACUGUGAGAAGCUUACACAUAAACUGGGACAUCUCUACAUUUUGUAAGGGUGGUUCGGUGUACAGUUAGUGUGGUCACAGAUUGCCAGCCUAAAGAGCUUCCUUGAGCUUAUCUAAUGUUCCUUUAUUUCAGGAUUUGGCCCAUUCCACAAUGAUAACAAGGCAUCAACAACUGGGACUUUCCUGUCUCCCACUACAGACACUUUUGUUCCUGAGAGGUAAUUCUGAUUCACACAAAACCUUAUGCAACGUUGAAUUGUGUUGAUUAUAGCACACUGAGGCUUAUUUACUAAGCUGUGAACUCAGGUGAUUUGAAAACCAGAUUUAUUGAAUUUAGAUUAAAAUGGGCAAGUUGUUCUUAUAGCAGACUAAGAGAAAUGUUCAGUUUAAUUUAUUUAUUAUUAAUUGUAACUUUUUUUUUUUUUUUUUUUUUGCUCUACCUGAUGACCCUUUAACACUAGCACUAUCUGCACAAUAGCUACACUAGCACUUUCCGUAUAAAAAAAUAAUUUUGUUUGUGUUUUUUUUUUUCUUUAGUGAUGAGGAAAAUGACACCUCGAUCUCUCCAUGUCGAUUUCCUGCACUCAAUCUUCACUGUGACAGUGAUGCAAGCAUUCAUGAGACACCCACGAGGAGAGAGUCAUUUGUCCCCUCGACUCAGAGCUUUGUCACCUCUCCAGCUCUAACCGAAAAGAAGACUUCACUAACUACAGAUCCUGGGCCAUCGAGUGAAGACAAAACCAGCAUGUCUGCUCCAGCUGGCGUUCACAUGAAACUAUUUGAUGGUGAAAAAUACGUUGGCGAUUCUUUGACUGUGAAGACCAAAGAAGAUGCUUCUUACAUCAAAGACAGUACUCGGAGAGAACAUGGACCAGACUCUGCCCCAAUUAUUGGCAACCCAGCUUUUGGACAUGAAGGUGCAGGUUAUGAAAAGGGCACAGGACCAUCAGGUACAAACAUGAACAGUGAUAAAGCUGAACUUGAUGAGGCUUUGCAUCCAGUGGAAAACCAGAAAGAAACAUCUGGAAUUACAUUAAAAAGCAACGUGGAUAUUAAUGAUGAUGUCACAACUUCAAAUAAAGAAACCGAAAACAGGAAGUCUGCAGGGAUUGUUCUACACAGUGACUCGGAUGAUGAGGAGCAGGCAGAUGAUUUGUCUGUAGAUGUGAACACAAAACCAAGAUUUGACUUGCGUAGCGAUACAGAUGUUGCUGACCAUGCUGCAUCGUCAGCAACAAAUCUCCCAUCAGAGAAGACACUAGAAGUUAAGCAAAGCACAAGCACUGUAGAAGACAAUGACCGUGCCUCAAAGAAUUCUGUGGAGGAGAAAGUGGAGUCCACGCUUAAUUUGGAGAGUAAAACAGAUGCCAAAAAAGAAGACCGCACAUCCGUCGGUGCAGGUGUUAAAGAGCGCGAGACCAGCGUAAUCCAGAGUGACAUUGAUACAGAUGUUGAGAAAGAAGACAGCAUAUCUGUCAGUGCUUGUAAAAAGAUGAGGAAGACCACAGGAAUCAUCAGUGACAGUGAUACAGAUGUUGAAGAAGACCACCGCACAUCUGUCAGUGAUGGUAAAAAGAUGAGGAAGACCACAGGAGUCAUCAGUGACAGUGAUACAGAUGUUGAAGAAGAUGACCGCACAUCUGUCAGUGAUGUUAAAAAGUUGAGGAAGACCACAGGAAUCAUCAGCGACAGUGAUACAGAUGUUGAAGAACAAGACGAAAGCACAUCUGUCAGUGCUGGUAAAAAGUUGAGGAAGACCACAGGAAUCAUCAGCGACAGUGGUACAGAUGUUGAAGAAGACGAAAGCACAUCUGUCUGUGCUGGUAAUAACAAAAUGAGGAAGACUACAGGAAUCAUCAGCGACAGUGAUACAGAUGCAGAGAGCAACAAGAAUGUAGAAGAUGAUAUGAAAGACAAAAAAGCAGAAACCAGUGAGGACAGUGAUACUGAUGUUGAAGGAAAUGAUGACAUUUUGAAGGUGGAUACAAAGAAGCAACAUGUUGAAUUCAACCUUGACAGUGAUACAGAUAUAGAGGAUGACUCCAUUAAUUCCAUGGAUGUGAAGAAGUCUGAUAAAAGUCCUUCUGCUGACACAGAGAAGACAGAAAAGACUACCUCUCCUGUGCAGAUUACUGUAGAUGAUAGAGAAAGCUCCAAGACAAAUGUUGAUAAAGAAGCAGUGCUUGGAUUCCACAUGGAUAGUGAUACAGACGUGGAGGAAUCUGAUGAAGAUCAGUUGACUAAAUCCUCUAUUGCUGAUAAUGAGAAGAGUGUGGAACUCAGAGUCCAAACCGAAUACCAUGGCAAGAACUUUCCUUCAGAAACUGAUCAAGAGCCAAGUAAUGCAGAUGUUCUUAAUCAGAACACCAGCCCAGCUAUCAACCUUGAAAAAGAAAAAAAUCCAGAUGAGGUGGGCAGUGGAACUGCUGAAUUACGCAUGGAUACAGAUGUAAAAGAUGACAACACUGUAUCCCAAGCAUUCAGAUCCAAAGGUGACCAAAGUAGCGGUUGUGGUGCUCAUGAAGAGCCUGAGAGAGGCCUCCAAAUAGGCACAGAGAAGGACACGGCUGGACCGUGCCAGGCUACAGAGACUAGUAUGGUGGGUGAAGAACAGAAAAAGGAAACAGAAGAUGCACCAGGCAGUGUAGACUUGACCAUUGCAACAAAAGACAAUAAACCAGAACCUGAAGGUAUGUUACGUAUUUUCCAUUUUACUUCUACUGACAGUGAACAAUUUAGAAAUUACAUUAAAAUAAAUACAUUGCAGGUACAGAUUACUACAUGUGUGAAACCCAGUGUUACCUAGAACCAGAAGAAAGAUGCUUAGAAUUUCCAGGUACUGUUUGUUUAAAUUAUAUAUUUUAUAUAUAUCUACAAUUUCGCCUUUGUUACAAUCCCACAAACAAGUUUCUCACAUAUAUUAUUUUCCUCUCUUUCCAGAUGAUGAUGACGUUAACUACGCAGAAGAACCUACACAAGCCUUUAUCAGUUCCACCUUGGUCGAACCAGAUCCAUUUAAACGUAAGCGUUGCUAAACCCACACAACACUGUCAGGUCUGUUAUGGCUAAGGUUGAAAAAUAUCUGACAAGUACAACUGGCCAGUAAAACCAUUAUACAUCCAAAGAAAGUCCUCAAAUACUUUACAAUUUUACGUUCUAGCAGUAAUCUCCAAGAGCAUUGCCUCUGUGCCGUUAUUCAGUUACUUUCUAAAAAUACACCAACCACCACCCCAAAUCCUUACUUUAUUAGAGCCUGCCAUAUUUACUGUGAUAGGGAUACUUAUCUUUCUCUAGUUAUGCAUUCCCUCCUCUUGGUGGAAGUUUUCAUCUCCCUACUACUUUAAAAGAAGACCGCUGACCCAAGGGUUAAGACUAAGUAAUUGCAGCAUUUGUAAGACUGCCACGAAGUAGUCAUUUUCAGACACACAAAUAUGAACAGCUUCCAGUUGUAAAAUGAAUGGGACAAAUGUCUCAAAGAUAAUGCCAAUAGUGUUCUAGUUGGGAUUAUUUCACCAAAAACAGAUUCCUGGCUCAACCACUGCUUUCUUAUGAUCACCACUUGCUUGUGGUUUGAGAUGAUUUUAUUUUUGUAAUGUUGUGUUACUAAUAGUUUUUACUGAUGUUUAAUUUUUUACUGCUUGUUUAUAAACAGGUCCUGCAGAUCCUGUUAGAAGCCCCCAGAUCUCACCUGUGCGCUGUGAGUAUUUUUGCCACAUUGUGUAUGUCUGCACAUUUAAGUAGAUUUAUAAUAAAUAAUUUUUUUAAAAGUUGCAAACCCAGAGAAACCAAAUGGAAUCAGCAGAAAUAUUACAUUCGUUUUCAUUGGUGAUUGCUCCACAUUUAGAACUUUCCCCUACUAAUCUGAUUGCAACAACUUUAGAAUUCCUCCCCCUUCAGUCAGCCAUAUUAUUUAAGUUUUCCAAUCACAAUAUUGCUCAUUGCAUACGGCAUAAUAGUUUGAGGACCAUGGAAGGCAAUUUAUUAUGGAAAGGCUACUGACAAAUUUUUAGUUCAAACCAGACGCAAACCUUGUUAAGGAGAAGCUAACCAACUACUAAGGCAAAAAUAUAUUUAUAAAGUAAAUUCUCCAACCUUUCUAGCGGUUUUCUUAGCACGUUGUAUAUUUUAGUCUAUAAAAAGUUAUUCUAUGUAUAUUUAAUUUUUUUUUUUUUUUUUUUGCAUUAUGGAUCAACUUAAUAUAAUGCAGGAGCUUAGCAUGGAGAGCUAUAGUCCACCAAAUAAUCUUUUUUUUGGGACUAUAGUCCCCCCCCUUUUCUUUAUAAAAAUGUAACCUAACAUUCUUUACUUACCUUUAGUCUCCACUGUCGUUGCAGCAGCCCGAUCUGCCUCUGUUAUCGCCAUUAAGCAUGACAACUUUUUAUCCAAUCAAAUGCUUCUCAUAGAGAAGUAUUGAAUCCAUUACUUCCUAUGAGAGAAAUCAGAGGACGUUUGACGUUCUCAUGCACUGCGUGAAGAUGACGAAAGUCAAAAACCAAGUCAGACUUUGUUAUGGAAGCGGUGGCACCACCUAAAGGCUGUCAGGAUGACGCCCACUAGAGGCGUGUUUUAACGCUGAAAUGUAUCUCCAAAAUGGUAGAAAAACAGAGCCACUAUACCCAGAUCAUUUCAUUGAGAUUAAUCUAGAUAAAUGGAAUAGUCAUUCAAGCUGAGAAUAUUUAAUACUUCCAUCACCAGAUAAGCAAGAGAUUAGAAGUGCCUUUGUAGUCUUUUCUUCUCUCUUUGCAUAUUGAGGGUAUUAACUGAACUCCUUUUCUUUCCCACAGUGAAUACAUCUGAAGAAGAGGUGGAUGAGAAUGUUGUGGCAGAGACCCAGCCUUAUUUCUGUGAAACUGAUACACUUGAUAGAGAGCCUAUCCAAGAGACCACUGAGACAGAGUCUGAGAGCACGGAGACCCCUAGAGUCACUCAAGAGUUUCCCAAAGAAAUCUCGCAAGAAGACACGCAACCUGUCUCUCAGUAUUUGGCAGCCCAAUCGACUCAUGAAAUAGUUACCACAGCACCCCUGAAAAAUGUGGUGCCUGUUGUCGUAUGGGAAAAGGUUACACACCUGAAAGAAGACACAAAAGGCAGAGAUGAAAUUGAUGUAGCUGAAGAGGCCACACAACCUUAUACCUUGGAUGGGCUUAACUCUGAUGGGGAUGCAACGCAGGCUUUUAGCUUGCAUGUCCAAACUACAGAGUGCAAUGUGCAUCUACCUGAAAGCAGUGCAUCUCAUCCUAGCAGUCUCAACGUUCCUACUGAUGGCUUAAGUGGACCAACCACAGGAGAUGACACACAGCCUUGCAGCCUUGGUGUGCCUUCCACCAUGGAAGAUACCGUGUCUGAUAAAACUCAGCGGAUUUUCAUUGAAGGUGAGUUCUGUGUUCGUAAGGAAUUGAGUUUUAGGGUUAUUGAGCACCAGCUUCGGUGCCAAAGAUAAGUGUCCUCACGGCAGUGGUUCACAGGAAUUGUAUGUAUCGUGAACACCUGUUAACUAUAUUACAAAAAAAAGACCUAGUGUAUUUUUGUAUUGUCUCACUGUGUUUUUUUUGUUUUUGUUUUUUUAUAAUUAUAAUUUUCACAAAAUUUAUGUGAUGCAUGUGUAAAUAAAACGAGCCUCAGUACUUGCUUUCAUUGUAAGCAAACAUCCUUGGGAUAGGAGAGUGGUCAAACUCCAAGAUAAUCUUAAUAUUAUUGGCACAUUUGGUCACUGAUAUUUUUUUUUCGUUUCAAUGACGUUCAUUUUAUUCCAUUUAUAUUUCAGCUGAGUCACAAAUGCAUGAAAAUAAGGAACAGGAAGAAAGUUAUAAUAGUGCAGAGGUAAGGGUGACUGUCAUUUGUGAGAUGUGCAUCCACUGGUUGUUUGUACUGAUUCACCUUCUUUCGAAUCUAGGGAUAAUGAUGCCCAGGGUUCCAAAGAAGGUGGUAUGCAAUUUUAUUCCAGCAUGACUUCCUUCUGAAUAUUCUGUUUUCACAGACAGUGGUGGAAAAGGUUGAAGAACAUACAGAAGAAUCCAUUGCACUACAUCUUUCCCCAUCAUUUGUGUCAACUGAGCAGGAAGCCGGAGAUUUACAACAAUCUUUUGGUGGCAUUGUAAAUGAAAUGACCAUUACAGAUGAGUUUGAGAAAGAAAGGAAAAGUAUAGCAGAAAUAAUGAAAGCAGCAGAUACUAAGAGCCAAAAUACUGAAAAGAAAGAGGAUAACACAUCAACUAUGAAUGAAAGCCGUAACAAGAUCGAUGUCGAUGUUAAGCCUUCGACAUCACAAGAUAAGGAGGAUGAAAGGGAAAAAAUGGAAGCAAAAAAAGAAAACAAAGAUGAAGUGGAAAGUAAAGAACUUGCCAACGUGGAGCGUCCUUCUACUAGUUUUACACGUGAAGAGUCACCAAGGUGUUCUGUAAACAAUAAGAAGGAAAAUGAUUUUUUUGCAAAUGAAAAAAAUGAAGCCGAUUUGUCGGAGAAUAGUAUGAAUCAAUCCAGUGGGUCUGACAGAAGAGAUGGUGUUUGUUCCACAGUCCAGAGACUGGAGACAGACUUCAAGCUGCAUAAAGAUGGUGUGGUCAGUAAAAAAAAUGCUUCAGAGGAGGUUAUUAAAACAGAACAAAUUAUAGAGCCAGAUGAAAAAGAUGAGACGGUUGCAGUCUCUGACAGAGUUGAGAGCAGUCAUUCUGAAAAGAAGAUAACACAAAUGUCACAUGCUGUGAAUACUUUGUCUGUAGAACUGGAGAAAGAAGGUGAAGCUUCAGUUGAUACUACAACUGGGCAGGAAAGAAAGUCUGAAGAAGUAAUCACAGACAAAGUACCAGGAAGAGAAAAAUUAAAAGCUUCAUGUAGAAUUGAGGAAGAGGUUGCAGGAGAGACCUUAAAGGCAACUGGGAAAUUACUGUCCACCAAGAAGAUUAAGAAUACUAGAGAAGAAGUGGAAGCAAAUGAACAUACGCCAAUAACUAGCAAAGUGGUUGAAGAACCAGUGAGCAGACCAAUUUCCAGAAAGACAAGAAAAAAGUCAGCAGAGGAGGAAACAUGUGAACAACAGAAAGACAAAGGAAAAUCAGAGGAAGAACCAAUCGGUAGACCAGCCUCCAGGAGGACACGAAAGAAUCCAAUGGUGGAGGUAACAAAUGAGCAAAUGGAAGACCAAGGAAAGUCUGGGGAGGUCCCAGUCAGUAGACCACUCUCCAGGAGAACAAAGAAUUCAACAGGAGAGGAAAGAAGUGAACAAAAGGAAGACAAUGAAAAAACAGUCAGUAAGCCACCCUCCAGGAGAACAAGAAAGAAUUCAACAGGCGAGAAAUCAGGAGAACUUACAGAAGACAAAGAACACGUAGAGGAAAAAACAGUCAAUAGACCACUCUUCAGGAAAACAAGAAAGAAUUCAACAGGCGAGGAAUCAAGAGAACUUAGGGAAGAUAAAGAACAAGUGGAGGAAGAACCAGUCAAUAGACCACUCUCCAGAAGAACAAGAAAGAGUUCAUCAGGAGAGGAAAGAAUUGAACAAAAGGAAGACCUGGACAUAUCACAAGAAAAAACAGUCAGUAAACCACCCUCCAGGAGAACAAGAAAGAAAUCAACAGGUGAAGAAUCAGGAGAACUUAGGGAAGACAAAGAACAAGUGGAGGAAGAACCAGUCAAUAGACCACUCUCCAGAAGAACAAGAAAGAGUUCAUCAGGAGAGGAAAUAAUUAAACAAAAGGAAGACCUGGAAAUAUCACAGGAAAAAACAGUCCGUAGACCACCCUCCCGGAGAACAAGAAAGAAAUCAACAGGCGAGGAAUCAAGAGAACUUAGGGAAGACAAAGAACAAGUGGAGGAAGAACCAGUCAACAGACCACUCUCCAGGAAAACAAGACAGAGUUCAACAUGCGAGAAAUCAGGAGAACUUACAGAAGACAAAGGACACGUGGAGGAAAAAACAGUCAAUAGACCACUCUCCAGGAAAACAAGAAAGAAUUCAGCAGGAGAGGGAACAAGUAACCAAAAGGAAGAUACAGGAAAAUCAGAGGGAGAACCAGUCAGUAAACGAAUCUCCAGAAGGACAAGAAAGAAUUCAGCAGGGGAAGGAACAUAUGAACAAAAAGAAGAUACAGGGAAAUCAGAGGAAGAACCAGUCAGGCCAGUCUGCAGGAGUACAAGAACAAAUCCCACCAGGGAGGGAGCACAUGGACAAAAGGAAGACACAGGAAAACCACAAGAAGUACUUGUUGGUAGGCCACACUCCAGAAGGACAAAAAAAAAUUCAACAGAAGAAGAGACAAAUAAAGGAAACUCACAGAACGAUCCAGAUAGCCGACCAGUUUCCAGGAGGACAAAAAGGAAUUCGAAAGAGGAGGAGGAGGAGUACAAGGAAAAAACUGAAAAAGAUGGGUCAGUACUUGAACAAACUGAGAGGGAUGACCCGCUUCAAAGAUCAAGAAGGACCAGGAAGAAUUUGGAAGACAGACAAUCAAAUGAAGAGAGCAUUGAAAAGCUAGAAAAAGCAGAAAUAGAAAAAACUGCCUCAAGAAAGGAAGCUUCAGAGGUGGAGAAUGUUGUUUCAGGCAGACAACCGGACACUAGAAGAGCAAGGAAGAAUUCAACAGGAGAAGAAGUUGAGAAAUCUGAAGUAGAACAUGCACCAAAAAAACGAACCUCUUUAAGAGGUAGAAAAAACUUAGAGGAGGAGAAAUCCGGGACCGUGGAGAAUGUUGCAGAGCAAGAUGAUUUAGCUGGUAAACUAGCUUAUCGAAGGGGAGGGAAAAAUUCAGUAGAGGUUCCCAAAUGUAGAACGAAUGAGGCAGCGCAAACAGAGUCUGAAGUUAAAGCCAAGUAUAGAAAGCCAACAUCGAGAACAAGGCGGAAAGUGUCUCCUGAUGAAGAUAGUGAUGUUAAAGAGAAAAUUGCAUCCGAGGAAGAAGUAAUCGGGAUUAGUACUAUGAAGGAAGAAAAAGAGCUGGUAAUGCGGGAGGACAAUUUAAAGGGAGACACGCCAAGACGCACACGGACCUCAACUAUGGGCCUCAACGAAUCCCCACAAGCUACCACACCACUUCUGACAAGAAAGAGAGGACAACGACAAAAGGAUGGAGAGGUGGAGUUAAAGAGGAAGAAGUCUGAAGAAGGGACUCAGCUUGAAAAAAAUGAAGAGGGUAAGACAUCGCCACAUCCAAAAGGGAAAAGAGGCCGGCCUAGACGAUUGUUGGCAGCAGCAGAGGAAGAAGACACAGAGAAAGAAAGUGUAAGAGGAAAGGUAAGUGAGCAUGAUCUUACUAUCACUAUCUAUACCUGUUUUGAAGUGCCUACCUGUGAUUUUUGAGUGAUCUACAUGAGUGCAGCUUAGUUGGCUCCUUUUAUGGCAUUUCUUUAACAUAGUGAAGAAUUCAAAACGUGGUUCCAAAACUGCACUCCAAAGUAUAUAAAUUAGCAUAUAAUGGUAUUACAUGUUGGGAAAGCAGCAGUCUGUUUCAAUUUUACUUUAACAUAAUGAACAAUUCUAGGAUAGCUUAGAGAGAGAGGAUAAACCGAGAAACAAAAUGUUCCGUGUAUGGAUGGGGCAUUCCCAAAGCACAAUUUGGCUGCUGAAUGGUAUUGCAUGUUUCGUAAUAAUUUGUAACACCAGAUAAGCAACGUCCUACAUGUAAUUUUUACAUAUUUUCCCCUGUAAUGUCUUGUGUCAGGAAGUGUUAACUCCUCUCCCAUCCCCUGCUGGAAGGAGCCGUCAAAAGCCAAGUGCAGUGUUAAACAGCCCAGCCGAGGUCCAGACCCCAAGACGCACCAAUCGCUCCACAGCCGUAGCAGGAUCUUCCAGCCCUUACAUCGCUCACCACCUAGCUGCUCCCAAGGUCUGCCUUUCAGAGUAUCACUGCACACAGUCUAACUUACCACAUUUUAUCUACUUCUAACUCACCAAUUUUUAUUCAGUUUCCUGUGUACUGUUCCUAAGAUGUCCUGUAUCCUCUCUUUUUUUUUUUUAAAUUCCAUUUUACUAUAUACUUCCAUCUUUCCCGUAUUUCCUGCUAAUUUACUCUUACUGCCUCAUUUGGUUGUGACACCAUGCGAUGGUUGCUUUGGUCUGCUGCAUAUUGGGUUCCCGAGGUCAACUAAUCUUUAGCUUUCACUAUCUCCAUCUCAGGUUCUGUUUACAGGUGUUGUAGACUCCGACGGGGAGGAAACAAUCCGGAGUCUGGGCGGAGACAUUGCAGACUCUGUGUUUGAUUGCACACACUUGGUAACGGACCGCGUUAGGCGAACUGUUAAAUUCCUCUGUGCUCUGGCUAGGGGAAUUCCUAUCAUCACUUUGGACUGGAUCGAAAAGGUGCAUCUUAGUCCUAAAUUAGUAUUUCCAUCUGCUCCGUCAUCAAUGUACUUCCCUGCACUGCUGUUUACUGAUGCUUCAUUUUUCAACGAUGCACUAUUUACCUUUUGCACUGUCUUUUACUCCAUGCUGUGUAUGAGGAGGGGUUGCUUUCUGUCUUUGUUAUAUUGCUGUGGUCACUUUCUGUUUUUAUAUGAUACAUUGCAGCUGUUUACUUCUUUGUAGUGUAAGAAAAGUGGGUGCUUUCUUUCGCCAGAUGGAUUUUUGGUGAAUGAUAAAGAGCAGGAGAAAAAUUUCAACUUUGUUUUAUGUAAAUCGCUGCAGAAAGCAAAGCGGAAAGCAUUAUUCGAGGUAAGUUUUCUCAUUGUGUGUCAUACACAGAGAGCUAUGACGUUUGUUUGUUUGUAAUGCCAGGAUUGAAUGGAUGUCUGCAAGGUUAGAAUUCAUUUAGACUAAUGGAAAAUGUCUGGCCAAAAAAAAGGUUGCCACCAAAAAAAAAGUCACACACUUCAUUUAUUUUAAUAUUUCAUUGGACCGCCUUUAGCUUUGAUUAUGGUACGCGUACGCUGUGGUAUUGUUUCGAUAAGCUUCUGCAGUGUCACAAGAUUUAUUUCCGCCCAGUGUUGCAUACAUUUUUUACCAAGAUCUUGUAUUGAUGAUGGGAGAGUCGGACCACUGCGCAAAGUCUUCUCCAGCACAUCCCAAAGAUUCGCAAUGGGGUUAAUGUCUGGACUCUGUGGUGGCCAAUCCAUGUGUGAAAAUGAUGUCUUAUGCUCACUGAACCACUCUUUCACAAUUUGAGCCAGAUGAAUCCUGGCAUUGUCAUCUUGGAAUAUGGUCGUGCCAUCAGGGAAGAAAGAAUACAUUGAUGGAAUAACUUUGUCAUUCACUAUAUUCAGGUAGUCAGCUGACCUCAUUCUUUGGGCACAUAAUGUUGCUAAACCUAGACCUGACCAACUGCAGCAACCCCAGAUCAUAGCACUGCCCCCACAGGCUUGUACAGUAGGCACUAGGCAUAAUGGGUGGAUUACUUCAUCUGCCUCUCUUCUUACCCUGAUGCGCCCAUCACUCUGGAACAGGGUAAAUCUGGACUCAUCAGACCACAUGACCUUCUUCCAGAGUCCAAUCUUUAUGCUCCCUAGCAAAUGGAAGACUUUUUUUUCCUGAUUAGCCUCACUGAUUAGUGGUUUUCUUAAGGCUACACAGCUGUUCAGUCCCAAUCCCUUGAGUUCCCUUCGCAUUGUGUGUGUGGAAAUGCUCUUACUUUCACUAUCGAACAUAGCCCUGAGUUCUACUGUUGUUCUUCUACGAUUUGAUUUCACCAAACGUUAAAUCCAGGUGGCGACUUUUAUUUUUUUGGCCAGGCAGCGUAUAUUGUAAACAAUGCCCUCUCUUCUGUGUCCGAUUUUCUCAUAAUUAUGGAUCCCUGCUGAAUAUACACUUUAAUUGUUAUCUCAAUGGUGUUUCUGAACUAUCACACUAACACGACUUGUAAGGUACACAGUUAGAAUUGGGGGGGAGGUUAGAGUUUGUUAGUGGUUGGGGUUAGGGAAGUGAACCUUCUUACUGUAUAAAUCACUAUUUCUUUCCUUACAGGGCUAUGAGAUUCAUGUCACAGCUAAUGUGAAACCAGAACCAGAACACAUGAAGGAUAUUAUCCGCUGCAGUGGAGCAACUUUUCUCCCCAAAUUGCCCCGAACCUACAAGGUAAGAGCCAAAUAGCAAAAAAAUAAAUAAAUCUGUGCUCAUAGCACAACACAGGCCAACUAUGUCUCUUUCCUCCUUUCCAGGAGAAAUGUGUGAUUGUAUCGUGUCAGGAGGAUGCCACCCGAUGGAGAGGGGUUCCUUCAUCUGUUCCCAUAACCUCUGCAGAGUUCAUUCUGAGCGGCAUUCUUCAGCAGGAAGCCAAUCCAGCAGCUUACUUAUUGAAUGACAGCACCAAGGAUGCAGCUCCCACACCAGCUAAACGAAGACGCUGAAGUGUUUUCCUUCCUUUUUUUUUACAUCUUUUUUUUUUUGUUAUACACGUAUUAAUCUUUAGGACUUAGUCAUUGGCAUUAUAGGCAAAAUGUACAACAAAAAGUUGGGCUUAAUUUGCUUUCUAUGCAUUGCGUGUUUGCCAUUUUUGUUAAAAGUUGCUGUCAUUUGAAUAGAAUUAUUACAGCAAUGUGUAUGGUUGCAUUUAUCCAGUAGUUAUCAGCCAGGAGCUAUCUUAAUAUUAAUUUAGGAUCAGUUCCUGUAGAAUUUUUACGCUGAUAACAUUCCUUGAGAUUAUCUGCUAAAAAUUGAUAGAAUUUUGCAGUCUCAACCAGAACACAGACCUGCACACCUCUCUAAUAUAUAGGGGCUUAUUUACUAAAUGGAGCUGUGGGGAAUUGCAAAGAUCAGGUCAGAAUAGCAAAACGAGAAAAUUCUCCAAACUUGGCCGCGUUUGCCAUUUAUUUGAAAUUUUCCCUGUCAUUUAUCCUCCAUUUCAAGCCAAUUAAAUAAUCACAACAUUCUAUAAUAUUUUGGGAAAGAAACUGAUGUUUGCAGCAAUAUUAUAAGAAAAACAUGCGUGAACCUACAGGUGACAGGGAAAUAUUGUAACUCAAUGUAAAAGCAAAUUUAAAAACAAAUCCGUUAUUCUUCACCUAAUGUCACUGAAUGUAAAAUGUAUAUGUAACUAAGACAUUGGCAUUUAUGAGACAUGCUAUCUGUUACAAGAGAACUUAUUAAAUAGGCAAAAAACACAAGAUAUUAUGCACGUGUAAUAUGUUGUGUUUUAAUAAAUCGUAUAUUUCACUUUAUCAAGGUAUGUCCAAUAAGUAUUGAUGCCUUGGUAAUGCAUCUGAGUGGUCUCUCAUAUCAGGCCAGAUCAUAUUGUGAAUUUCAAGCUCUAUACAUUAUGUAUGGUUUAUCGGUUUAGUGUGUGAGAAAACUUUUGCCAGUUAAAUCAUAAUGGAAAAUUUGCGUCAGAAAUAGCUGAUCUUGAAAAAUUUUACACUAUAAUCUCAUGUCUGCCUUUUUGUCAUUUGCAAAAUGUUGUAGUUUAUUGAAUAAUCCUGUCCUUACAAGGUGUUGAAGCUGCCCAAAUUAGCUUUCCAAUCUGUAGGUUCCCCUUAAAAUGAAUUAAAGAACCCCCCUCCCCCCCCCAUAACACUUAGUGAUGUCAUCAAAGUGAAAACCGGAGCUUAGGCACUGCUCUACCAGCCCUAUGUAUCAAGUUAACAGAGAUCAAUUCUAAAUACAUUACAUUUAUAUAUCAGUGACAAUGCCGAGAUGGAAUGUAGGAGACACAACGCGUCCAUUAAAAAUUAUAUAAAAAUAUGAAAUCUGCUGACUCCCUGAUUUGGGAGUUUGUGAUUUUUAAACCUAUUAAAAUGAAAUUUGUGGCAUUUCUUGCUCCCUUCAUGCAGGAAGUAGAAUUGAAAUGUAGCAUCAAUGAGCGUGACAGUCUAUUGAUAGGCAAGAUCUGGUACUAACAGCCCUGCUAGCUAAUGCAGACUUAUAUAUUAAGAUGUGAUAUCUGCAGGGCAUGAAUCAAGUAAAGGCUUCAGAAUGCCGCCAGUCAUGGUUAAAUCCCAAAUCAAAUCCAAGAUCUUCACACUGGUGCCUGUAUUCACCCUUAAUGUUUUGGAUUAUUUUUGUAGUAUCUCACUGAAACAACACCAGAUACAGAGAAAAAAAUGAUCAGAAAUGGCACGUUUUAAAGAAUUACUAAGCCAAACCUAUUUUUAUUGUUUGUUUGUUUCUCUUGUGCAUUACUUUUUAAAACCCAGCUUAGAGUGAUUUGCCGUGGAGAUACUUUAUCGAUUUGAGAGAUAUCAAUCAUUAUUCAGUGUGAAACAACGAACCGUAGAUCUGUACAUAGACCGGGCCCUUUUGUGUAUAUAAUAAACACAGUAUUUUGGUUUUGUCAUGU